UGUCGUGCCGCCGAAAGGUUGCAUUCACUGCAUGAGCGAGGAGGAGCUUACAGUCCUCCGCGCGCAACUCGAUGACUUGUUGGACAAGAGCUGGAUCCGCCCUAGUAGCUCCCCAUAUCGAGCGUCAAUUGUCUUUGUACGGACGAAGAACAAGGAUCUACAAUUGUGCAUCGACUACCGCAAGCUCAAUGCGCAAACCGUCAAGAAUGCGGAGGCUCGUCCUCGUAUUGACGAUCUCCUUGAGCGACUGGGUGGCGCAGAGUACUUAUCUAAGUUGGAUCUGAAAUCGGGAUACCAUCAGAUUUCGAUCCGGCCAAGCGAUCGCUAUAAAUCCGCGUUCAAGACGCAAUAUGGGCAUUUUGAGUGGGUGGUCAUGCCUUUUGGCCUCACCAACGUUCCAGCGACCUUUCAAGCGGCAAUGACAAACGAGUUUUGUGUGAUGCUGGACCGGUUCGUGCUGGUCUACUUAGACGACAUUCUCAUCUAUAACCGGACAUUGGAGGAUCAUCUCGAGCACCUUCGACGAGUGUUGGAGACGCUCCGCCGCGCCAAGUACAAAGCCAACCGCGACAAGUGCGAAUUUGUCCGGCAAGAGUUGGAAUACUUGGGCCAUUUUGUCACACCGGAGGGCAUCAGUCCGUUGUCGGACAAGAUUCAAGCCAUCCAAGAGUCGCCGGAGUCGUGGAACGUCACGGAUGUCCGUUCGUUCCUUGGCCUUGCCGGCUACUACCAACGUUUUAUCAAGGGAUACUUGAAGAUCGCGGCCCACUUGACCAAGCUUCAAUGCGAGGAUCGAUCUUUUGACUUCAGAGAGGAUGCGCAUGAAUCAUUUUUGGCUCUCAAAGCCGCUUUAUUAUCUGCGGAGGUCUUGCGCAUAUACGACCCGCUAUUGCCAACGCACAUCACUACGGAUGCGUCCGGCUAUGGCAUUGGUGUCGUCCUCGAACAACACGAUGGCGUGGACUCGCACCCGAUCAAGUACUUCAGCAAGAAAGUGUUCGUCAUGCACUCCAUUGAUGAUGCACGCAAGAAGGAGCUCCUAGCCUUCGUCCACGUGCUCAAGCGGUGGCGGCACUUCCUCCUUGGUCGAAGUCAACUCUGAUGGGUAACGGACAACAAUCCGUUCGUCUUCUACAAGA